UCUCCGGGGGGCGUGGUCUGACCGGCCCGGCCCGCAGGCUGCGGCGAUGGCGGCUUCGCCCGGUUCCCUGCGCCGGGCGGGCAAUGAGGAGUUCCGGCGCGGGCAGUACGGACCGGCAGCCGCGCUCUACACCCGCGCCUUGGAGCUGCUGGAGGCCGCAGGGGACGCCUCCGCCCCGGAGCGCAGCGCGCUGCUCGCCAACCGCGCCGCCUGCCACCUCAAGGAUGGAGCCUGCAGCCUCUGCGUCGCCGACUGCACCGGCGCACUCAACCUGGUCCCUUUUGGGAUCAAGCCCCUGCUGAGGCGGGCCGCGGCCUACGAGGCCCUGGAGCGGUACCAGCUGGCGUAUGUGGACUACAAGACGGCGCUGCAGGUGGACUGCUCCAUCCAGGCGGCACACGACGGCGUCAACAGGAUGACUAAAGCCCUGCUGGAAAAAGAUGGUGUCAACUGGCGCCAGAAGCUUCCACCAAUCCCCACAGUCCCUGUUUCUGCCCAGACAAGGUGGAGUGUUCCUUCUGCAGGAACCCCUGGGGCUGACACUCCUCCUGCAGCUGCACCAGGGGGAAAACCAGACCAGACUGCUGCUGGAACUGAGAGAGCUCGAACUCUGAAAGAAGAAGGAAAUGAACUUGUAAAGAAGGGAAACCAUAAAAAAGCAGCUGAGAAGUACAGUGAGAGUUUAAAGCUCUACCAGGAAUGUGCAACGUACACCAACAGAGCACUCUGUUACCUGGCUCUGAAGCAGUACAAGGAAGCAGUACAGGACUGCACAGAAGCUCUGAGGUUGGAUCCCAAAAAUGUUAAGGCACUCUACAGACGUGCUCAAGCACUUAAAGAAAUGAAGGAUUACAAAUCAAGCAUUGCCGAUAUCAAGAGCUUGUUAAAAACUGAACCAAAGAACACAGCUGCACUGAGAUUACUGCAAGAACUGAACAGAGCCUAGGGUAACUAAGCAACAAGGAAAGCUUUGGUUUCCACUGCAGAAAAAAGCUUUUUCCCUUCUGAUGUUACAGGGACCAAUCUUAAUACAGGAUCAGCAUUGAAAUCUAUCUUCCACUGCUACUGAGAUGUAACAGGUUCUGUGCCAGCAUAGUGAAUGUUAAGACACACAAUCUGUAUCAAACUUUGAAUUAUCUUAGAGCCAGAUAAUAAGGUUUCUGUACCCCUCCCUGAGGGGCUGACUUCCCUGGUUGAAGCCAACUUGCCUGUAAUUGUUGGCCUCAGGGAUUCUUACCGAGUUGGCUAAGAUGCAUGUAAAGUGGCUUUUCUUCUUUCUGAAGAGCUGCAGGGUUUGGGGUUUUUUGGGUCAUUAUUCAGGUGACAGUUUUGCUGCAUUUGUGCUGCUAUUACUUAAAUAAGGUUGCUGCAGGACCUGCUGCAGUUGCCCUGGCACCACAUACCAUUCUUGUAACAAGGCACAGUUACUUGCACAGGGCCAAGCUUGUUACCUCUCCCACUUGAUGCAUGCUGGCCCUCAGCUGAGUUUCUGCUGCUUAGUGUAGCUGGGCAGAUGUUUGCAGUAGCAGCUUUCUUUUGUUUUGAAUUAUUCUGCACUUUUAAGAAAACAGCAGCAAGUUAAGCCUGCCUUGUCACACUGUGCACUUCUUUGAGAUUCUGGGUGCUUGGGAAUUUUACAGUUGUUUUUUGUGUUGUUUUUUAAAAACCACUUUAGCUCCUCUGUGCCUUUUGGAGCAGUUGCUACAGGGUGUUACAGGGAGGAAGAUAUGCAGUAAUAUCCCAGCUGAAGUUUGGCUUACUAUUUUGAUGCAUGUUUAUACUUUUUGAUGUCUUUAUCUGGUAUUGAUGGCACUGACUUGUAAUGGUAGGUAAAAAGACAGGUGGAGUUACUCUGUGAACCAUCAAAACCAGUUCUCAUUAAAGCCAUGUUUAUUUUCA